UGGUUACGUAGAGCCGCAGAGCGCUCCGCUCAGAGACGGUAUUAUUGUUAGCUAGAACUGUUUAUUAUUGUUUUUUUGAGAUAUUUAUUCGCCGCAGUUUGUACAGUACUGUGAGUGAGAUGGCUGGAGACUCGCAAGAGGUGCCAAAGCUGCAGCUGGAAGCUGUUAUUGGCUUUAAUGGUCACGUGUUAUCAGGCCUCCAAGCUCAUCCCGACAGAGAACACCUGAUUUAUCCUCUGGGCUGCACGCUGAUCAUCAAGAACCUGAAAAGUGGGAAGCAGGGGUUCCUUCACGGCCACACCAACAACAUCUCCUGCCUGACCGUGUCCAAGAGUGGACGCUACAUCGCAUCCGGACAGGUCACCUUUAUGGGCUUCAAGGCUGAUGUGAUAAUCUGGGAUUAUGCCAAAAGGGAAAUCUACGCCCGGCUCACGCUCCAUAAGGCCAAAGUGGAGGCGCUGGCCUUCUCCCCAAAUGAAAAGUACCUGGUGACUCUGGGUGGACAGGACGAUGGCAGUAUCGUACUGUGGAAUGUGGAGAAGAAGGAAGCUAUCUGUGGAAGCCCUGCAUCUGCCCACAGCGCUGGACACUGCCUGACCGUGGGUUACUCCAGCCACAACGACGACAUCUUCAUAUCAGCUGGAAAUAGGACACUCCGAGUGUGGGAGCUGGACCUUCCCAACAGGAAAAUCCGCCCCACCGAGUGUCAGACUGGACAGCUAAAGCGUAUCAUUAAGUGCAUCGAGAUUCCAGAGGAUGACAGUUUCUUCUACUGCGGCACCACCAGUGGAGAUAUAAUGAAAGUGAACCUAAAGAGCCGACUGCUGAGCAGCUGUGGGCCGGUCAAGCAGAAAUUCAGUAAGGGUGUGAAUGCUCUGAAGAUGCUGAAGACGGGGGAUCUGUUGGUGGGCUCUGGAGAUGGAGCUUUCAGUCUGUGCUCCUCAAAUAACUUCAAAAUCAUCAAACGAGUGGAGCUGGAGGGCGGCGUGUCGUCCGUGGCUCUGCGAGGUGAAGGUCAGCAGGUGUUUGUGGGCACCGACGCUGCUCAAAUCUACUGCUUUGGAUACACCGAUUUCAAACCUGAACUGAUCUCCACCAACCACAGCAGUGCAGUCUGGGAUACAGCCUUUCCUCAUGGUAGUUCGGAGCUUUUUGCCACCUGCUCCCAGGAUGAUAUCCGGGUUUGGCACACCGAUUCCUGUAAGGAGCUCCUGCGGAUUAAAGUGCCCAACAUGACCUGUAACGCUCUGGGCCUCACUCGGGACGGCCACAGCAUCUACAGUGCGUGGAAUGAUGGGAAAAUCCGUGUGUUUACUCCUGAGAGCGGCCGCCUGAAGCUGAUCAUCCACAAUGCCCACAGCAUGGGAGUGACCGCUAUUGUGAGCAGUGGAGACAGUAAACGGCUCAUCAGUGGAGGAGGAGAGGGACAGGUGCGUGUGUGGGAGAUCCUGCAGGACUCUUACAAGCUGGUGGCCACUAUGAAGGAGCACAAAGCUUCAGUGAACGCUAUUAAGAUCAAAAGUAAUGAUCAGGAGUGCGUGACGGCCAGCUCAGAUGGGGCCUGCAUCAUCUGGGACCUGCUUCGGUUUGUGAGGAAUCAGAUGGUUCUAGCUAACACACUGUUCCGGAGAGUCUGCUAUCAUCCUGAAGAAUAUCAGAUCAUCACCAGCGGAACGGACAGGAAGAUUGGUUACUGGGAGGUGUAUGAUGGUUCGGCCAUCAGAGAGCUGGAGGGCUCGCUGACUGGAGCCAUCAAUGGCAUGGACAUCAGCCAGGAGGGUGGUCACUUUGUCACCGGUGGAGAUGAGAAGCUGAUUAAGGUGUGGCAUUAUUUUGAUGGUGAUGUCACUCACGUGGGCGUCGGCCACAGCGGCAGUAUCAGCAGCGUUCGGAUCUGUCCCAAUAACAGAUUCAUCAUCAGCACCAGUACCGACGGAGCCAUCCUGAGAUGGAGAUACCCUCACUCCUCAUAACUCACUCCAGACCACUCACGCUGCUGCUGCAGCACCCCACUGAGGCAGGACACUCCCACUAACACGCUCGGCCCUGCAUUAAAGUGUCUUUCUGAACACAGAAUUAUUCUUAUAGUUAUUGUUAUUAUUUUGGAAUAAAAUCUUUACUUAUCCAGCUAACUUUAAGCUCGAUCUAACCCUGUCCCAAGACUGGAUCACUUUUGGACAACUAUGGCAACUUACUGCAUGCCUAACCUGUUUCAUGGCCAGUUAAAAGGCAGUUCCACCAAUUCAAAAUUCCUGCAUAACUUAGUGUGUGAGAUGUAAACAGCACCCUGCAUAUUAUGUAUCCCU